GACGAUUCUCUUUCUUAACGCCGAGCACGCGCCCAGCCGGCCGCGCGGUAAGGGUUGGCUGUGUGAGGUGAAGCAAGAGGUGCCCUCCACCCGGGAAUAGAGAGGAAGAAAGCCUGCAGAUUUGAACCUAUCUCCUAAGCUGCUCAUCAUGAUGAAACUUAGACACAAAAAUAAGAAACCAGGUAAAGGUUCCAAAGGCUGCAAGAAGCAGAGUGGGAAGAAAGCAGCCUUCAAGCUGGUCUCCACCCCCCAGUUUGUUCACUCCAAUGAUCAUACCAACCGGGAGGCUGAAUUAAAGAAGAAGAGGAUUGAGGAGAUGAGGGAGAAGCAGCAGGCUGCCCGGGAGCAAGAGAGACACAGACGCAGGACCAUGGAGAGCUACUGUCAGGAUGUCCUGCGACGCCAGGAGGAGUUUGAGUCCAAGGAGGAAGCUUUGCAGGAAUUAAAUAUGUUUCCUCAGCUGGAUGAUGAAGCCACAAGGAAGGCCUAUUACAAGGAGUUCCGUAAGGUAGUGGAGUACUCUGAUGUGAUUCUGGAAGUUCUGGACGCCAGGGACCCGUUGGGCUGCCGCUGCUUCCAGAUGGAGGAGACGGUCCUGCGGGCAGAGGGCAACAAGAAGCUGGUCCUGGUCUUGAACAAGAUUGACCUGGUCCCCAAGGAGAUUAUAGAAAAGUGGCUGGAUUACCUUCGGAAUGAGCUGCCAACUGUGGCUUUCAAGGCCAGCACCCAGCAUCAGGUCAAAAACCUGAACCGCUGCAGUGUGCCCGUGGAGCAGGCCUCCGAGUCACUGCUGAAGAGCAAAGCCUGUUUUGGAGCUGAAAACCUCAUGAGGGUUCUGGGGAACUAUUGCCGCCUCGGUGAAGUGCGCACCCAUAUCCGUGUGGGCGUUGUGGGCCUUCCUAAUGUUGGGAAGAGCAGCCUGAUCAACAGUCUGAAACGCAGCCGUGCUUGCAGUGUGGGAGCCGUUCCUGGGAUCACCAAGUUCAUGCAGGAGGUCCACCUGGACAAGUUUAUCAGGCUGCUGGAUGCCCCAGGCAUUGUCCCAGGACCCAACUCGGAGGUGGGCACCAUCCUGCGCAAUUGCAUCCACGUGCAGAAACUGGCGGACCCCGUGACCCCGGUGGAGACCAUCCUGCAACGCUGUAACCUGGAGGAGAUUUCCAACUAUUACGGCGUCUCUGGCUUCCAGACCACCGAGCACUUUCUGAUGGCGGUGGCCCAGCGAUUGGGUAAAAAGAAGAAGGGAGGCAUCUAUAAUCAGGAGGAGGCAGCCAAAGCAGUCCUGUCUGACUGGGUGAGUGGGAAGAUCAGCUUCUACACACUUCCACCCGCCACGCACACUCUGCCCACCCAUCUUAGCGCUGAGAUUGUUAAGGAGAUGACCGAAGUCUUUGACAUUGAGGACACCGAGCAGGCCAAUGAAGACACCAUGGAAUGCUUGGCCAAUGGAGAAUCUGAUCAGCUUUUGGGUGACAUCGACUCACUUCAAACGGAGAUCAAAUGUUUCCAUUCUCCAAUGAUGAAAAUAGUAGAUGCCUUGGAAAAUAAAACCACCGUGUAUAAGAAUGGAGAGUUCACUGAGUAUUGCAUGAAUUCGAAUGGUCAUCAGAAGGAGUGGGCUAAGCGCAAUGCGGACUCCUAUCCCAGGAACAUCUGCCCAGUGGACCGCCGCCCGAUGGUACAGAAGAUCAUGGAGACAGACCCCCUGCAGCAGGGCCAGGCUCUGGCAUGUGCUUUGAAGAAUAAGAAGAAGAUGCAGAAGCGUUCAGAUAAACUCGCCAGUAAGCUGUCCGAUUCCAUGAUGUCUGCCCUCGACCUCUCUGGCAACACUGAUGACAGUGCUGGUGACUGAUCGGCUGAUCUCACCCCCUCCACUCUCCAAAUACUGGUUCCAGUGGGAUGGGGGAUACAGAUGAAAUAAAAUGGUUUGCUUCUCCCUGAAGCACACACACAUGAAAAGAAUCCCUCCAUCGUACCUCCCCCACAUUGUUCCCUCCAUUCUCCAGGGAAGAAAAAGGGUCCCAAGUGGCUGGAACUGACCAGCCCAAUGCCCUUUAUUUAGCCCCCAUCAUAUUUGACAAGAGACAUAAAUUAUGACAUCUGAUGCUAACAGUUUAUCCCCCACCCUAUAGGUUGGGCUGCUUGAGGAUAGAGGGGGGCCAAUCCCUCACCAAAUUCUCUUGGUCAGCUAAGCAUGCAGCUAGAGGCUAGGCUGCUGGUAGACCUGGUGGUCCCUGGAGGGUGAUGAUUUCUUUACCAGUCCAUAACAGAGCUUGGCUGCAAGACAUUUCCCACAUGGGCUGCAGGCCACGCAUCUUUCACCCAGAUACACAGAUCCUCACCUGGGUUGCACUGGGAGUAGAGUGAACAGCGACCAGCCUUGUGUGUCUGGAAGGCUCUGGGGAUAGGACAGGAAGGAGACAACACACAAGCCUGGCUGGUGCUGAAGUGUAAGUGCCACCUUGUUCACACAAAGGGAAAACAGGGCACCAGUUGGGAGGGCAGUUUGGUGUGUUAGGGGCAAACCUCACCUUAGGGCAUUUUUAGGCAGACUGAGUUGGAGGAAUCCUUUGGACUGAAGCAUUCUGGGUGGGCCCCGCCCUUGUAUGACCAUGGCUCACCCAGCACCGGCAUUUGAAUUUGUGAUUCAAAAGGGUUCUAGUACCAUUUAUUCACAGGCUGCAUCCUCAAGACAGGUGUCAAUUGGGGGUACACCAUCCAACUCCUUUUCUGGUGUCCAAAGUCAUUAUAUCCCAUUAAAAUAUAAUAAGCCACCUCCUUUGGGGACAGACAAGGACAGAGAAGCCCAGUUAGUGUCAGGGGCCCUCACAAAGGGACUGGGUGGAUGAUGGCAGCAGAAACACCAUCUUUACUCCAUGUGUUGGGUUAAGCACAUGACUUCAGUUCCUAGCCAUCUACCUGAGACUGGACACAUUUGAAGGGAUGGGGCAUUAGAUUGCUUCAGUCUUUGCUCCCUACCACCUCAAACUUCCAUACCAUCUCUGGACCCAGAGCCAUAUCUUAGCCUUGCCUCUCAUGUUGUCACCCCCAAAUUUACCUCUUCAAAUCCUAGUAUAACCAUAGGAGGGAUUGGUGAGCCCUUGGCUGCAGGCUGAUUAACGGAAGCGCGGGCCGCUCCUGAGUCCUGGAGCAGCCAGGGCAGAGAAUUACGUACUGCUUGAGCACAAACCCCCAAACCCUGGAAACCUGUUCACCUCCAUCAACCCUCAAUACCACUCUGCCAGGAAGGGAUUAGUCUCCCCGUGUAGGAAAAAUAAACAGCCUCAUGUAGUUGUCAGGACACCCACGACAUUAAGUGGUAGUGCCAUUGGAACCCAGGUGUGAUAACCUGCAGCAGGCCACGUUCUCUACAUUGUUCUGCCUUCUCAUCAUCCAUUAAGCACCUGCUGUGUGCCAGCCUUUAAAUAUAUUCUAUCUUUUUUGGUUUUAAAAAAAUAGGGCCCUUCUAUCGUUUCCCUGAGUUUUGGAUGAGGUACAGCUUAUUUCACACUGUCAUCUCCUGGUAGAUGUAUGUUACAAUGAAAAAUUGGGGUGUCAGGACAGCUAAGGCCAUUUUACAACUAUAUGGCAUUUCAUAAUUUAGCAUUUAAAAUAUUUUCUAGUACUCCUAGGAGAUGCUGGUUACUAAGUACUAGAAAUAGGCGGUAUCUUGACUAAGAAACAGCAUGGGAACAGAAAUUGGCCAAAAUCAGACAGAAGAACUAUAGUCAUUGUCGAGGUGAGAAUAUGGGACUCCUGAUUCUCUACAUCAUACCACGUUUU